GAACGUUCACCAAUCUUGAACUACCAAUUGGACGAAGCUUCUGGAAGCCCAAAAUCACACUCUUGCAAAACACAAAGUAAACCCCUAAUCUUAAACAUUACCAAAACCCCAAACACAUCUCAGUUCAGUUGCUGCUCCUCCUCCUCCUUAUCCAAACCCAAACCCAAACCCUAAUUUCUCUCCAAUGGCUUCUGCUAACGCCAUUUCUACUGCUUCAAUUCUCUCCUCUCCCACUCAAGUGAGCAAAAGAGUGAAUCAAUUGCAAGGGCAGAAGGUGAAUUACAGGCCUUCUAAUGGCGGAAAGAAUAGGGGCAGGAGACUUGCUGUUAGAGCUGCUGCGAAAGAUAUAGCGUUUGAUCAGAAAUCGAGAGCGGCGCUUCAGAGCGGGAUUGAUAAGCUUGCUGAUGCUGUUGGUCUUACUCUUGGUCCCAGAGGGAGGAAUGUUGUGUUGGAUGAAUUUGGAACCCCUAAAGUGGUUAAUGAUGGUGUCACAAUUGCUCGAGCUAUAGAGCUGCCUGAUGCCAUGGAGAAUGCUGGUGCUGCUCUUAUUAGGGAGGUUGCAAGUAAAACCAAUGAUUCUGCUGGUGAUGGCACAACAACUGCGUCCAUUCUUGCACGUGAAAUAAUUAACCUUGGACUCUUGAGUGUGACCUCUGGUGCUAAUCCCGUUUCUAUUAAGAAAGGGAUAGAUAAAACUGUCCUAGCCCUGAUUGAAGAGCUAGAGAAUAAAGCAAGACCCGUUCAAGGUCGUGAUGACAUUAAAGCUAUUGCAUCGAUCUCUGCUGGAAAUGAUGACAUAAUUGGUACAAUGGUUGCUGAUGCAAUUGACAAAGUUGGCCCUGAUGGUGUUCUUUCCAUUGAAUCCUCGUCUUCUUUUGAAACAACUGUUGAUGUAGAGGAGGGAAUGGAGAUUGACAGAGGAUACAUCUCACCACAAUUUGUUACCAACCCUGAGAAAAUGAUCGUUGAAUUUGAGAAUGCUAGAGUAUUGGUCACUGAUCAGAAAAUCUCUGCGAUAAAGGACAUAAUUCCCUUGUUAGAGAAGACCACCCAAUUGCGAGCCCCUUUGCUUAUCAUUGCCGAGGAUAUCACAGGAGAAGCUUUGGCUACACUUGUUGUGAACAAACUGAGGGGCAUAAUCAAUGUUGCUGCUAUUAAAGCACCUGGUUUUGGAGAGAGAAGAAAAGCUCUGCUUCAAGAUAUUGCAAUUAUGACAGGAGCUGAAUACCAAGCCAGUGACUUGAGUUUACUCAUUGAGAACACCUCGGUUGAACAGCUUGGUUUGGCAAGAAAGAUCACCAUCACUAAGGAUUCGACGACCAUUAUUGCUGAUGCUGCAUCAAAGGAUGAGAUUCAGGCUAGGAUUGCACAGAUUAAGAAAGAAUUGUCUGAGACCGACUCUGUUUAUGAUUCUGAGAAACUUGCAGAGAGAAUCGCCAAGUUAUCUGGUGGGGUCGCUGUUAUUAAGGUAGGUGCUGCAACUGAGACCGAGCUUGAGGAUCGUAAGCUUCGUAUUGAGGAUGCAAAGAAUGCAACUUUUGCUGCCAUAGAAGAAGGUAUUGUGCCCGGUGGUGGUGCUGCCUUGGUUCAUUUGUCAGAAUUUGUUCCUGCCAUUAAGGCCAAGCUUGAGGAUGCAGAGGAGCGUCUCGGAGCUGACAUAGUACAAAAGGCUUUGGUUGCACCUGCAUCUUUAAUAGCCCGGAAUGCUGGGGUUGAAGGAGAAGUAGUUGUGGAGAAGGUGAAGGCCAGUGAAUGGGAGGUUGGUUACAAUGCAAUGACUGACAAGUACGAGAACCUAGUUAAUGCUGGUGUCAUUGAUCCCGCGAAGGUAACAAGGUGUGCACUGCAAAAUGCAGCAUCAGUUGCAGGUAUGGUCCUUACUACACAAGCUAUUGUUGUGGAGAAGGCAAAGCCGAAGACCGCUGCAGCAGGCGUACCACAAGGUAUGUCUAUAUGAUGACUGAAUUAUUGAAGCCAUUAGUAUAAAAUUGUGGGGGUCACAACAUUUUGGACCUCUAGCUUUGUCACAUGUAUGAUUAGUUUUUUCACUAAGUUUUGACACAACUCUUGGUACUAUUUCGGAAUAAACUGUUAUUGAUGGGAGGAACUUCUUUGGGGGUA